AUGCGUUUAUUUCCCGUUUCGCGCGCCUUUUUCGCGCGUUUCUCGCAGAUCCACGGAGUGAAGUCCGGCAUGAACUUCGUGCGCUACAACGCAAUUAUAAAUUUGCUUUCGCGGCCUCCGGCGGCCAAAAAGGAGAAAAACUUUUUGCGAAAAAAAGAAUACGGAGAAGUUCCGUUUUAUUUGCAAGAAGUGAAGUCGCAAAUUGCUGCAGAGUACGAUUUCGUGCGCAGUCUGAGGCGCCAGAGCCAAGCCGGAAAGCUGCAGACCCGGCUCAUGGAAGAGCCCGAGCGGCAGCAGCUGCUCGCCAGUCUGCGCAGCAAGUGGCAGCAAAUAAACAACGAAUACCAAAACUUGACUUUUAAAUCUCAAAUUGACACCAUUGGUCAAGAAAGACGCAAAGACUUUUGCGAACAGCAGCUCCUCAAGAUCGAAGGCUUCAUCGACAAGCUCAACAGCCCCCCCGUCCGCGUCGUCUGCCCCCCAGACGAGGCCCAGCAGCAGCAGCAGCAGCAGCAGCAGCAGCAGCAGCAGCAGCAGCAGCAGUAG